AUGAUUCAGUUACCUAGAACUUCUAUGAACAAGGACGUGCAGCUAACCAGGGAACUUCUUAUUGCAGGGCACAAAAUCGGAGGAAGCCACAGCAGAGAAAGGGAUGGAAAAUGCUACCGCUAUGUGUGCGACAGCACUUGUAAGAGACCAACCAGAACUGAAGUGGAAUGUACACCACCAACAACAACCCCUCCAACCACCACAACAUGUGCCUGUCAUCAUGAGGGAAGAAUGUAUCAGCCAGGAGAGAAAUUACAAGGAAGUGAAAGCAGAGAGAGGAAUGGAAAAUGCUACGACUAUGUAUGCGACAGCACUUGCAGGCGACCAACCCGAAGGGAAGUGACAUGUACACCAACUACACCAACAAGUAAGUACUUACCACUAAGCAAGAGACAUGCAACAACCCCUACAACCAUCACCACAUGUGCCUGCCAUCACGAGGGAAGAGAGUACCUGGCAGCAACAACCCCUCCAACCACCACAACAUGUGCCUGUCAUCAUGAGGGAAGAAUGUAUCAACCAGGAGAGAAAUUACAAGGAAGUGAAAGCAGAGAGAGGAAUGGAAAAUGCUAUGACUAUGUAUGUGACAGCACUUGCAGGCGACCAACCCGAAGGGAAGUCACAUGUACAUCAACUACACCAACAAGUUAG